UCAUCAGUAUCAGCUUAUCAGUAACCAGGUUCCUGCCGUCUUAACUGAUAACGAAAUGGGAGGCUUUUAAAGAGAGGGUGGCUAUUGUAUGUAGCAUAGAGCUGCUAGAGAAAUUGGCUGUCACAGUUCAUAAACUCUGUUGGAAGCUGAGGAAGAAAGAGCUCAAGCACAACUAGCUGAUCGGAGCUCCACUCACCUCCUGGAUGAGAUCUGCAGCAUCAGGCCUCCCUGAUUCCUCUGGAGUUAUCGCCAGCACGUACUCUUGGGUGAUAAACUGACAAUGGGACUUUGGGUCUUGGCAAUUCUAACACUUCUCCAAGAUUCAAUAACAGCUCAUCUUAGUAAGACACACUGGGGCCUGGAAAAUGAAGCGUUAAUUGUGCCAUGUCCUAAAAACCCAAACUCUGAGCACCCUGUGGAUUGGUACUCAAAAACAAAUAGAAGUAUUACCACCCAGAAGAAAUACCGUGUGUUUGCCUCAAAAAACUUUCUUAAGUUUCUGCCAACGAAAGUUGAUGAUUCUGGAAUUUAUACUUGCAUUAUCAGAAGCCCCACUUCCAAUUGGACUAGAUCUGUGAAUCUCACGAUAUAUAAAAAACAACCAGAUUGCAUUAUUCCUGAUUAUUUGAUGUAUUCAACAGUAACUGGAACACCAAAACGUUCUCAAAUAUUUUGUCCUACAACUCAGUAUUACAAUUGGACAGCACCACUUGAGUGGUUUAAGAAUUGUAAGCCUCUUCAAGGACUAAGGUACUACAGAUCAGAGUCCUAUUUGCUCAUUGACAACGCAAAUAGCAACGAUGCAGGUGAUUAUACGUGCAAAUGGGUACACAAUGAGAAAGGAGUCAGUUAUACUGUGACAGCAACCAGAACACUUAGGUUUGGAGAGGGAAAAGCCUUUCCUGUGGUUCCAGUCAUUACAGCCCCUCCACCCAAUGACACAAAGGAAGUAGAAAUUGGAAAAACAGUGAACAUCACCUGCUUGGCUUGCAUGGGAAAGGGUCUUCAGAUCCUGGCUUCGAUCAAAUGGCAAGUUAAUGGAAGCAGCAUUAGUGACCUUGGUGAGGCAAGAAUUCACCAGGAGCAAGUGCAAAGUCAAAGUUCUAGAGAUGAGCUGACUUGUCUAAAAAGAAUUUUAAGAAUAACUGAUGUGAAAGAAGAGGAUUUCUCGCUGAAGUAUGAGUGUCUGGCCCUUAACUUGCGUGGCGUGACAACACGCGCUGUCAGACUAAGGAGAAAAAAUCCAAUUGAUCAUCAAAGCAUCUACUGCACAGUUGCAGGAUUUAGUGUGUUAUUAAUACUAACCAGUGUCUUGGCAAUACUGCUAAAAGUAUUCUGGAUUGACUUUAUUCUGCUAUGGAGAGACAUAGUUAGACCUUACAAAACUAGGAAUGAUGGAAAGAUCUACGAUGCUUAUGUUAUCUAUUCACGCGACUACCGGAAUCAGCCUGAGGGGGCCAGUUCUGUGGAGAACUUCGUUCACCAGAUUCUGCCUGAUGUUCUGGAAAAUAAGUGUGGAUAUAACUUAUGCAUAUAUGGGAGAGACCUGCUACCUGGAGAAGAUGUAGCCACUGCAGUGGAGACCAACAUACAAAAGAGCAGGCGGCACAUUUUCAUCCUGACUCCGCACACCGCGCACAGCAAGGAGUUUGCCUACGAGCAGGAGAUCGCCUUGCAUAAUGCCCUCCUUCAGAACAAAUCUAAGGUGAUUCUUAUUGAAAUGGAGGCUCCUAAUGAACAAGCCGGACUGCAGCUUGGGAAGUUUCAAGAGUCUCUCAAGCACCUUAUGAAGGUGCAGGGUACCAUCAAGUGGAGGGAAGACCGUGUCGCCGACAAGUUGUCCCUGAAUUCCAAAUUCUGGAAGCAUGUGAGGUACCAGAUGCCUGUGCCAAACAAACUCCCUAAAAAGACUUUAAAUCUGGUUUCCCUGAGUGCCCAAAGACGGUAAUGCUGAUUUUUGGAGAUCUGAUUUUGGAGAUCUCCUGACUUCUCCGAGCUGGAUUAUUGCCACUGUGCCAGAUACUGGUUGCUGUGAAGGCGGAGCUGUGUAAAGGGUAUUCCGGCCUCAGGGUUCGUUUAGUGUAUACUUCCAGGUUCCAGAUUCUGGGCGGGAUGCCAAACACUCUCAGAUUUUAUCUGCAAUCCCUCCCUUCCCUCCUCACCUCCCAGGUCCUUCACUUUCUCACUCUGCUGCUUUUUCUCCAUUCCAGUGGGGGGGGUCUUCUCACUAUACUCACCGCCCAUUUCUCUGUCUCUUUCUAGUUCCCGCUCUCUCCUCAUUACUCUUCAAUAACCUACUCCCUGAGCAUCAAACUAAAAGGUUUAGAGUUAAAUUAUCGUGUGAUCUUGAAGAACAUCCAGAUUCCCUCAAGCAGAAUGUUGGCAGUAAAUCUUGUUCGCAACAUGUCCGAAUUUUUUUUUUUUGUACAUUUGAUUUGAUUUGCUGUUUAGUUUUCUCAUCUCACCAUUUUGCCGAUUCUGUGUAAGUGCUUUAUCCCAGUUGCCGUUCUAAUCAAGUUUUUUUUCAGUUCAUUUAUUUUUAUUCUCUUUAGAAAUGUUUUUCUCACUAUAAAAGUGAUAGAAGCAUAUUAUAGAAAAACAAAGUAUGAAAGAAAAAGAUGAAAAAUCUUUCAUAAAU